GACACUUUUCUCUUAUCUAAUAUCUCUAAACGACUAAACUACUAACACGUUGCCUAUGGACAUAUAAAUGUUGCUAUUCAUUAAUGUUCCAAAACAGAUGAUCCCGAUUGCAGGACUAGGCGCUCAAUCGGCCAUGCUUGACGCUGUUGUCCUAGCCAACUACCUGCAUCAUCUAACAACAAAUGAUUCACAAGAUAUUGAGCGCAUUUUGAACGCAUAUAGGAAUGAACGAUACCCUCAUAGCAGAGCCUCUGUGAACAAAAGUGCUUCCAUGGCCGUCGUCGUUAGAAAUAGCUUUGCGGGCUCGGUAGUGCGAUGGUGGCUAAAUCAUAUACCAAGGUGGCUUUGGCAUAUCCUUCGAGCCGAAAACGGAAAUUGUCGUCCUCAGAUAUCGUUUUUGCCACUGGUUGAGGAUAGAGGAUACCUGAUUAGCAGGCUCUGAUUGAGACAAUAAAA